UUUUUAGUGUCGCCAACCUCACCUUGUCAAUAUUCCACCACGUGCUGUGGUAAUUUAUUUUGCGUCUUUUAAAAAAUCAACAAAAACAACCCACUCACAGCACGCAUCCUCCUCCCAAACAAACCGCUUUUUUGCCCCGCUUUAUUUCCACGUGCACACCCAUGAUAUCCCCGCGUGGUGUUUUUGCGUCUUAGCAUGUCCCAGACAGUGAACUUUGUUCCGUUAUGGCUGUCAAAAUGUUGAACCAUGUUGUGUGAAGAAAUAAAAACAAUAAUAAUUCCCUGCUUAAUAAUUGCGUAAUCGUCGACAAGGCUGUUACGAAAUGAAGAAGUAAAAAAGAACCUCCAAGUGACUCCCAACGCAUCGAGACCGCUCAAAACCCGCCAGGUGUGUUCAAGUGCGUCGCUAGCCCAGUUAUGAAAUAGCGAGAUGCCAGCCCCUAAGCAGAGGAAAAUCGCCCUCAUGGGCUACCGCUCGGUCGGGAAGUCCUCCCUGAGCAUGCAGUUCGUCGAGGGGAAGUUCCUGGAGUCGUACGACCCCACGAUCGAAAACACAUGGAAGAAGUCGCUGAGGAUCAACGCCACGGACUACGAGCUCAUCCUCGUGGACACCACAGGUCAGGACGAAUUCUCCAUGUUUCCCUCGCAGUACAGUCUCGACGUGCACGGCUACGUCUUGGUGUACAGCAUCGAGAACGCCAAGUCGUUCGAGGUCGUCUCGGCUUUGUACAACAAACUCGUCGACAUCACGGGGAAGACCUACUUUCCGUCGGUCCUCGUGGGCAACAAGUCGGACAUGUUCCAGUGUAGGGAGGUUUCGGCUGAAGAGGGCCGCAAGCUGGCUGAAAAGUGGAAGGCCACCUUCCUGGAGACGUCCGCCAAGCACAACAUCUCGGUGUCUCAGGUUUUCCAGACGUUGCUGAACGAUAUAGAGCGAGCCGACAGCAACGAGAAGCCCAAUUGUAGCAUCAAUUGACUGUGGCUCAAUUUAGCCGAGACUGUACUUGUUAUUUUUAACGAAGUGGCAUAGUUUUGUAUCUAUUUUUUUAUAAACACUUAUUUAAUCUAUGUGUUGCGGUGCACAGUUGUGUGAGAUUCUUGUCAUGCAUUAACCAUUUUAUUUAGGUUUAAGUGUAAAUGAUAACUUAGGUUAGUCCCCCUUUGCGUUCCGCUCGACUAGUUGAAUUCUGCUGAUAGAUUUAAAAACGUUGUUUCGAACUGUACAAAUGUUGGACAAAUGUAUUUUCAUAACUGAGCAAGGGGCGUAGGUUUAAGUGUUAUUUAGCUGUUUGUAUUUAUUUCCUAUAGAGUUGUAAGUAAAUGAAUUUUUUUACGAUUUGUGGGUGCCGCCAUUGAUGGAACCGUGCAAUUUGGCCCCAGAUACGUCUACAGCUUCGCAUUUGUGCCCAGAAUAACUGAUCGCUAAUUAAGAUUUAUAUUUAAAGGGAUGGGAAUUGGUGCGCUUGUUCUGUGCAAAAAUGCAUUUUUUUGUAGUAUAUUUUCAUCUGUUGCUGUGGUGUAUACUUGUUUGUAUUAAUGUACGAUAUACGGAUAUAAAUAAAUUGGAUACUUUAUUUUA